AUGAGUCUGUUCAUAUCUCUGUCAGCAACCCCUCACUCUCACCCCCUAACCCUCACUCUCACCCACUCACCCCCUCAACCUCACUCUCACCCACUCACUCUCACCCACUCACCCCCUCAACCUCACUCUCACCCCCUCACUCUCACCCACUCACCCCCACUCACCCCCUCACUCUCACCCACUCACUCUCACCCACUCACCCCCACUCACCCCCUCACUCUCACCCACUCACUCUCACCCACUCACCCCCUCAACCUCACUCUCACCCACUCACCCCCACUCACCCCUCACUCUCACCCACUCACUCUCACCCACUCACCCCCUCAACCUCACUCUCACCCCCUCACUCUCACCCACUCACCCCCUCACUCUCACCCACUCACUCUCACCCACUCACCCCCUCAACCUCACUCUCACCCACUCACCCCCACUCACCCCCUCACUCUCACCCACUCACUCUCACCCACUCACCCCCUCAACCUCACUCUCACCCACUCACUCUCACCCACUCACCCCCUCACUCUCACCCACUCACUCUCACCCACUCACCCCCUCAACCUCACUCUCACCCACUCACCCCCACUCACCCACUCACCCCCUCACUCUCACCCCCACUCACCCCCCUCACCCUCCCCCUCACUCUCACCCCCCACGCUCACCCCCUCACUCUCACCCUCUCUCUCACCCCCUCACUCUCACCCUCUCUCUCACCCCCACCCUCCCCCUCACUCUCACCCCCACUCACCCCGUCUCUCUCACCCUCACCCUCACCCCCACUCACCCUCACUCUCACCCCCUCACCCUUAA